CUGAUAAGACGAUGCAGGAAAGUUGAGAGCGCGCAACAAAAUGCACGUCGGGAAAGUUAGAGGCUGCUGACAUUAGUGUUACAUUAAUGCAGUUUUCUGUGUAAUUAAGUCGAAUUUAAGAGUAUAUGCAGCCGUGGGAGGGCACGCAUUAGUAAACAUGGAGAUAUUUAGAGACGAGACAGAGUUCACAGAUAUACGAAUGGUCCAUAGGGUUGUGGAUAUGUUCGAGAAACGUCCUCAUAUUCAACGGAUAGUAAGACUUGGCCUUCUUGCAGGUAUGGACUAUGGUGAUGAGCUAGAUGUUACAGAUGAGGAUGAUUACAAAUAUGACAACUGGGUACACGGUCAUAGCAAUUCCCAUGGGUACCCGAGGCUCUCUGACAGAAGUAGCGAUAGAGGAUUAAGUGGGAACCAUACAAGGGCAUCCAGAUCUGGUUAUCAACCUCCACUGCAUUACUACACUUCAGCGUGUGAUCUUUCUCGCCCACUCUCUGAGUUAAAAGUUAAGGAAAAAGAGAGCGAUACUGAAAGAAGAUCCCGUUUAUUACAAGAACCCAAAAAAAAGAAAGGAAAGGCUGAGAAGAAGCGGCUUAAAAAACAGAAACAGAAGGAGAGAAAGAGGCUUGAGAAGUUGGAGAAGGAAAAGCAGAACCCUGAAAAAAAUGAAGGGGAAAAUGGUGAUGCACAGCAAAGUAAAGCAGAGAAUGGUCAACCAGAUGAUGCAUCCAAUUUUCGUGAUAAACGGUUGGCUUCAGGAAAAGAUACAGACAGCAGCGACAGUAGUGAAGAUGAAUCCAGUGAUGAAGAUAGUGACACCAAGGAUGACUCGGGUGACUCUGAGGAACUGGAUAUGACAAGUACUUUUGUAAAUAAGGCUGCUCUUAUAGCCAGGCGUAAAUUGGAGCAGAAGCCCAGGCCUGAGAGGAGGGAGAAAAAGAAGACUCCGGUUAAUGAAGAACCUAAAACUGUCCCCGACAACUCCAACGGAGACCCGGAGGUUGAAAAGAAGGAUUCAGUCCCUGCCCCCAGCAGCUCCGCCUUUGAAGAUAAUGUAAAAAUAAGUACCGAUCUUGCAAAUACCGGAAAUAGGUUUGCAAGUGCUGGAGACUUUAAUAUGGCUGUGAAGUAUUUCACAGAUGCAAUUAAAUACAACCCUACAGAGUUUAAGUUGUUUGGCAAUCGUUCCUUCUGUUUUGAAAGGAUGCGAGAAUAUGAGAAGGCGCUGACUGAUGCAGAGUUGUCUCUCAACAUGUGUCCAGGCUGGGUUAAAGGUCUGUUUAGAAAGGGCAGAGCUUUGGCAGGUCUAAAGAGGUAUGAGGAGGCUGCACAGGCCUUCAGGGAGGUUCUCAAACUGGACAGUUCCUGCGCAGAGGCUGCCCAGGAACUGAUGCGAGUGCAGAUAACACAGCUAAUGGCGUAUGGUUUCACUCGGGAUCAGAGCUCAAAUGCUUUAAUUAUCCAUGGAACAGUGAAACAAGCACUAAAGGUGCUGUCCAGAUUAAAUGGUCAACCAGGAGCUAUACAAAACUCCACGCCCCCACCGGCUCAAGUAGCAAAUGUCUCCGGAGUGUCACCAGUCCUUUCAGCCAACACAAACCCUGCUCCUGCUCAGGCCCAGGGUGCACCAAAAACGGCACUUAACAAACCUUUAGGCCCAGUCCAAAAUAUGUCAAAUGUCCAGAGUCACCCAAAGCCCAUUCCUAAUCAGGCCACGAAGACCAGCAAUGGAGCCAGUCACCCACCACAGGAGCUGUUUCCAGUUUGGGUGGGAAACUUGGUUUACCCAGUAACAGAGCUUGUGAUAACCAGUCUGUUUAACAAGGUUGGUGAAGUCUAUAGUGCAAAGGUUCUGACUUACAAACGAUGCGCCUUCGUGAACUUUACAAAACAAGAGCAUUGUGAUGAAGCAAUCCGGCAUAUUCAUGGCUAUGAGCUGAAUGGCAAUAAGAUUGCUGUGAGAUACCCAGACAGGAUUCCUCAAGGCAUGGGCAUUUCCAAAUCUGCCCUUAAAGCAGAGGACCUGCAAGAUGAGAAUGUGAGGGUACCUUGUACGUUGUACGAGUACAUUGAUGCGAGGAAUGCAGCUGGAAGCCGGAGACCUGUUCGCCCGUACAAACACGUCCCCGACUACAGAGGCAACAACAAUCCCUGACAGGAAUCAAGAUGCCUUAGCUGUCAACGAUCCACAUUCUCAAAAGCAGAAUACUGAAACUGUCCAUGACGUGAUUACCAAUGAUAAAUAUAUACAGGGUUUUAAGUAGAGCUGCAACAAUGAAUCGAUUAGUUGUCAACUAUUAAUUUCCAACUAUUUUGAUAGUCGAUUAAUCAGUUUGAGUAAUCUUUUAAGAAAAGGGUCAAAAUUAGAUUUGGUUUCUGUAGGUUGUGGACAAAAGUCAUGAGGACACCCUCUUGGACUUUGGGAAACACCGGUCUACAUUUUUCACCAUAUGUCUGUUAAAUAACUAAUUGAGAAACUAAUCUGCAGAUUAAUUGAAUGAUAGUAAUCAGUAGUCCCAAGUUUUAAGGCUUUGCCUACUUUAAGUAUUGUCAGUAUUUUUUGUAAACCCCAGAAACCAAUGCUUAGUUGGUAGAAUUUAAAGAAGGAAGUAUCAGUCACUGAAAAUGACUCCCACCCUUCUUUAUAUAUGCAUUUUUAACUGAAGGUAAGAACUUAAAUGAUUAGGUUUACGUAAGAUGCUGAUUUCAGGUAUUAACAAAAGCUUCUUGAUGCCAAAAAGUCAGAUAUUGGUGGGACAAUAUUAUAGGUUGAAAUUGGUAUUUUAAAUAUCAGUAUACAGGGAAAGGUUUAUAAUUUUACAUUUUUCACUUGAGGUUUAAUUCCUAAACUAGUUUGUCCAGCAGACUCCAAUGCUUAUAACACUUUUUACAGUUGAUAUAUAAACAUGUCAUUUUUGGUAUACUUAUUAAUGAUGACCAUAUUUACAUAUUGAGAACUUUAAAUUAAGGUAUUACAAGAUCCUCACAGUUAUGGCCUGUAUCUAAAUGAUCUGUAUUCACUGUACUUUUCAUACAAGUUGCAGCUUUAUCCUGUCUUGCUGUAAACGAUCCUUAUCUCAUAAUACAACAGGGAUUAUUUUGUUGCUUACAUAAUUACUGUUUAAUGCAUCGUGGUUCAAUUUCAUUCUGACGAUCAGUGGUUGAUUACAGGCUGGAAGAUCUUACAUUGUUUUAUUCAGAUGCCUAUAAUUAUGGAGUUUGUUUGCAAUUCAAGAAUUAAAGAUUCUUUUACAUUCUGAA